AUGGGCAUAGACACGACUGAGCAGGCAGGCGAUGGCAUCCUCAGCUCUGACUCUCUGGUGCCAGUGAACAUAGUUCAACUUGGUGAACCGGCAACCUUAACAUGUGCUUUACCGAAAGAGCUGAGCAGUAAAGCAAUCUACUGGUACAAGCAGAAUGUUGGAGAAACUCUUAAAUUGAUAUUGGCACUGUAUAAAAAUACACCACCGGAAUAUGGUCCUGAAUUUUCAAAUUCAAGAUUUAAUGUAAAUAAUGAUAAAAAUUUUAGCAACUUGAUCAUUCUGAAAACAAUCCAAGAGGAUGAGGGAAUCUAUCACUGUGGAAUCACAGAGUGGAUUAAUGCUGAAUGGAGUGGGACAUACCUGUUAGUAAAAGGAAACAUUCAGAGGACAUCAAACUACUCUGUUGUCCAGCAGCCGACAGCAUCAAAACCGGUCCGUACAGGAGACACAGUGACUCUUGAGUGUUCAGUCCUCUCUGAGUCUCAGACUGAGGCAUGUCCAGGAGAUUAUAAUGUCUUUUGGUUCAGAGCAGGAUCACAAAAAUCUCACCCAAACAUCAUCUACUCUGAUGGAAACAGAAAAAAUGAAUGUGCGAAAAGAUCAGAGACUCAGAAAAACUGUGUUUAUCACUUCUCUAAAAAUAUCAGUGCUUUCGAUGCUGGGACUUACUACUGUGCUGUGGCCACAUGUGGGGAGAUAUUAUUUGGAAAUGGAACUUCAGUGGAACUUGAACAAACAACACAAUCAAUAUCUAUCCAAAUGACCUUAUUAGUGUUCUUGUCCAUUUCUGUCAUUGGAAAUGUUUUCCUCAUCUUCUACCAAAGAUUAUGGAAACCAUAUAAAGGAACAGAAAGUGCUAUACCAGGAGCACAAAAUGACAAAUUGCACCAAGCUCAGGGUGAAGCUGAUGAAGAACUAAACUACGCCUCAAUUAAUUUCUCUGAAAGAAAAACAAGAGGAAGACAGAAGAGAGAGUUUGCUGAGGACAGCGUCUACUCUCAAGUUAAAUGUUGAACUUCAUGACAAUGUUGAGCAUUUCCUG